CCAUGCAGUCCCACACAGAUAGAGGGAACAUUCCUUGAACUUCGACGCACGCUCGUCUUGGACUGUGCAGCGGUGCGACCUUUCCCACGAAAUGGCCGUACCUCGACAGCUGGUGUACGCCGGUGUCUUGGUGUUGCUCCUCUUCCUCGAGCUCAGUCACGGCAAGCUCGGGAGCACCUUUCAGAAGUGCUGCCAAGAAGGCAACCAGUGGGCUGGAAGUUCGUCCAACUGCGACGGCCUAUCGCUUCGCUCCGUCUUUUCUGACGUUCCCGUGGGUCACGAGGCCGCUUGCCAGGUGACGAAAGAGAUUUGCUGUCGAGCAGCAGUCCGGGAAAAGCUCUGCGAAGACGGAAAGGCCGCCGCCAGGAGGCAAGAGGCAUGCGUAGCCGUGAAGGACCUUGCAGGGGCUGACACGUACAAGGACUGUUGCGAUGGAUGUCGUCUUGGCUUAACCGCAGCAAAACUUGGGUCCACUUGCGCAUUGGACACGUUCUCCCUGGGAGCUCCUUGGGACGGCGCCUUCUAUCACUGCUGCACUGGACACGGCGAUUUCACGGACGCAGGUCAUCCUGAAGGAAACGAAGUUCCGAAAGGUCCGUCCGAGAGACUUACCGAUGAUCCAACCGAUCAACCAGCGUGUGAAGCAGGGUUCAAGUACAACACCGCCUUAAGAGAUUGCAUAGAUGUGGACGAGUGUUCGGAAGGUCUUAACGAUUGCGCCCUAGAAGAUCAAGUAUGUCUGAACACAUACGGCGGCUUCCAGUGUCUGUCCAAGGAUCGUGAGGAUUGUCCGGCAGGCUACAAACGAGAAGGCGGAGUGUGUGAAGACGUGGACGAAUGCGCGGAACCGACGCUUCACGCUUGCGAAGCACAGUUCGAGGAAGAGUGCAAGAACACGGUUGGAGGCUACGUGUGCGAACCCAUAUGCAAAUCCGGAUACAGAUUCAACAACUAUUUGCACGACUGUGUCGACGUCAACGAAUGCGCGGACGGAUCGCACACGUGUUCACACAGCAGUCUUUGCAUCAACAAGCCCGGAAAGUUCGGGUGCAAGGGUACACCGCAAUGCAUGCAUGGGUUUCGCUUCAACGCCGCCACGAAGACGUGCGUCGAUGUCGACGAAUGUGCAGAGGAAAGCCAUGACUGCACACCGGGGUUGCAGAUAUGCCUGAACAGAAACGGAAGCUACUCGUGCAGAAAUAGAGUGACAUGUCCCAGGGGUUUCCGGGUAGAUGAAGAGACCGGUGCCUGCACAGACAUCGAUGAAUGUGCAGAGGGUGUUCAUAACUGUCCGCCUCGAACAACCAUCUGCACUAACACACGUGGAGCAUUCAGGUGCAGCAAACGCUCUGUCGCUAGAAAAUGUCCUUCGGGCUUCGCGUUCAGUCACCUUACGAAGGGAUGCCUUGACGUUGACGAAUGCCUGGAAGAUAUCCAUGCCUGCUCCGAGGGCGAAAUGUGCGUCAACGGCAUCGGCAGCUACAGCUGCGUACCCAGUCCUGCCCUGGCUUCGUGUCCUAAUGGUUACAAGAGAAAUGAGACAACCGCAAAAUGCGAUGAUAUCAACGAGUGCGAAGAGUACUCUCAUACCUGCGUGGGACACCUCGAGUGCAUCAAUACGCCAGGAAGUUACCUCUGUGAAGUUAAGACAGGUGCAGUAACCAGGCCGCCAGCGAGUGGGAAAUGCGCGUCUGGUCUGAGAUACGACCAACGACUUCAUGCUUGUAAAGAUAUCGAUGAAUGUGAAGAAUUGAGGCCGUGCAAGCCAAAUGAAAAGUGCAGAAACUUUUAUGGCGGCUACAAAUGUUCCUGUCAAGAUGGCUUCCAGAGGGACGAAGAACUCAACGUCUGCAAAGACAUCAACGAGUGUCAGUACGGAGGACACAACUGCCAGAUCGGUUUCCGCUGUGACAACACGCCCGGAGCUUUCACCUGCGUCCGCAUAUCCGGCUGUGGAACUGGAUACACUGUCAACGCUAUCACUGGACAGUGUGAAGACGACGACGAGUGCGCCCUUGGCCUGCACAACUGCGGAAACGCUUUCGUGUGUAGAAACACGGAAGGAUCGUUCCGUUGCGACCGCAAGACAUGUCCCGCAGGCAGCCAUCUACUGCCCAAUGGAGAAUGCCAGGCUGCCAACUGUGGAGUAGGAAUGACCGUAGACAGCAGCGGGACCUGUGUCGAUAUAAACGAAUGUCUGCAGAACAGGAGUCUUUGCAGCCGUUACCACCGCUGCGUUAACACUCCUGGCUCGUACAUUUGUGAGAGCCUGCUCAGUUGCAGUCCUGGAUUUAGGGCCAACCCCGAAGGGACUCGAUGUGUCGACGUUGACGAAUGUGCCGAUGGCACCCACACGUGUAUGCCCGACCAAACCUGCGAUAACAGGCCUGGAGGUUACUCUUGCGGGUGUCCCACCGGUUACCACAUGAACGCCGAUCGGCACUGCGAAGAUGUGGACGAAUGCUCGCGGUACCACGGCAAGGUCUGCGCCUACAAUUCCGAGUGCAGGAACACCCCAGGGUCGUACGUCUGCGACUGCAAAGAGGGCUUCAAAAGCGCCGAAGAAGGACAAACAUGCAUAGACGUGGAUGAAUGUCAGGAAACGGAUCAUGGUUGUGAGCACAACUGCGUCAACGUCUGGGGCUCUUAUCAGUGCACGUGUAACGUGGGCUUCAAAAUGGAUGAAGACGAACGGAGAUGCCUCGACAUCGACGAAUGUGAGCUCUGGAAAGGUCGAGGCAGGCUCUGUAUCGGGACGUGCAUCAAUGACCCCGGCUCUUAUUCCUGCUCCUGUCCGGACGGGUACAGUCUCGGCGGAGACAAAAGGACUUGCGAAGACAUCGACGAGUGCGAGCAACCAGAAAUUUGCAACGCUGAGAACGAAGUCUGCCUCAACACCAGGGGUGGAUACAGGUGCAAUGUCCUUGAAUGUCCUCCGGGAUAUUACAUGGACAAAGACCACAAAAGCCGCUGCAAGCGAACAAGGCGCGAAUGUCCCAUGGGCAACGUCAGCUGCGUCAGUGAACCUGCGUCCUACUCUUACAACUAUUUCACACUGACCAACAACAUGAGGAUUCCAGGCUCUGGUCACCUCGAUUUCUUCACGAUGAGAGGACCCAGGUUCUCCUUCUCGCGUGUCAUCUUCGAACUAGACCUCGUCGAAGCACGGGCUACUUCUUCCUCAGGUGCCGGCGUUGAAGCAGCCACCAGGGAGCACUUCCACAUGAGGAGGACAUCGUUUAACGAAGCCAUGCUAUCCCUGAUAAGACCUCUGCAAGGUCCGCAAGACAUCCAAUUGCAGUUGAGAAUGAAGAUUUAUCAAAACGGACUGUACGCUGGUAACGCCGUCGCCAAGAUUUUCAUCUACGUGACAGAACACGACUUUUAGUCGGGCAUGAAAGGAGGGUAUAAUUGAAAGGCCUGUCGUUGUAAGUGAAUUGUGCUUCAAGUGCCAUAAAGAAAAUGUGCCUCAAUGGGAAAGAGGAACUGUGCGGGAAUUUAAUUUUAGACACCGAUGGGGGUAAAGACCUGUACCAUAGGUCUGCGAUGCACCAGGAGCAACGUCAGAUCUUUGUUUUUUGUAUACAUGCACGUGGGCAUCAGGUCACAGCCGUUUGCUGGGUAUCAUGGUACGGGCUUCUGUCUCGAUAUAUCACGGAAACAUUUUGUCAGUAUAGGAACCACAGGAAUAGUGAUAGAACAAAUUUGUUCUCGUGUUCCUGUGAUUCCUAUAUAUUGCAAGACGCAUUUGUACUAUCGAGCCCCAUUUCCCUGCUUUAGUAUAUAUACCGUGGGAACAUGCCUCCCACAUGACUCCACAGUAAACAAUGUGGACAUCGCUGAAAAUGUGACGUUGUGCUGUACGUUAUUUGUAGAUAAUAUAAUGAAAUAAAUGCGCACAGUGUGACAAAGUGUA